AUGCUUUCCCACCUGCGAUUCCACCGGCGGGGGCCCUCAAACCCGACCUCGCCGGCUCCGGAUCAAUCCUCGCCUUCGUCUCUCAACAGCCAUCAACAGUCGCCCUUGAACCCUGACUCAGCAUCUCCUCUCGACGCACAGCUGUCAUCUUCUGCUUCCAACUCAUUACCGUAUACCCUGCCGCCGAUAAACCGCGUGACGUCAAACGAAUUUAAUCUAGAACCUCUUGGGGAGAAGCGGGAUGUCGAGAAACAACCGCAAACUGCCGGCCGGCCUCCACAGGUCCAGAGAUCGGGUUACAGCACCGGCUCUGGAUUUAUCGGCGGCGUUGCCCUCCGGAACUACCAGCGGAAUGUGGAAGCACAGCAAGUGGACGGCCAUGCUCAAACUUCUCACCCGACGCCCAUGUCAAACAAUGCCGACCUAUCAAGGCCACCGCUGCAGGCAUCCAGUAGUUCAAAGGGCAAUCUUCCCUACUCCUCAUCAUCUAACCAGCGGCUGUCUGGUUCUCGACUGGCGGGCGAAUCUUUGUCUUCGAGUAGUGUAUUAAACAUUGAGCCCCAGAAGGGGAAGAAGGGAUUGCCGUUUCUCAAGAACCCCAUGUCAACGUUACUGUUGAGGAGGAGAAACAACCAAAACCUUACAAAUACCUUGCCUCUUCCCCUAGACAGUCGUCUAGACGAGCCUACAUAUGACCCUCGUAUUAAAGGUACUAGGGUUCAUGAUUUUAGCGCACCAAGACGAAGGACAAAUGCUCCUACUAAUGAUACCGUGGCCAUCCGCUCUGCAUCUUUGGCCAAUAUCGCCCUGGAGUCGGGCGUGGGCCCUCAUGAUGGGGCGGAGACGCGUGGCCCAGUAGUGUUAGACGGGCAGCUACAACGCCGCAUGAUGAGCAGUGCGUCGGAUCCUGCCCGCCCAGAAUCCGGGAGCACAAAUUCGCACACCAUUGCCCAAUCAUCUAGUGUAUCUUCUGUUAGAACAGGUUCCUCCACUGCAGAGCAAGCCUUUCCGUUGGACGACCAUGUCGUUACUGGACUAACCAUGAAGGGCAAUGACCCAGCUCUUCAAUCGACCCCUUCAACAAUUUCUCAGGCCACUACUCAGGAGAUGGGUGAUUCAGCCAGAAAUACCGGCUCUAUACGAACGACCAGGUCGAGAAACGUCUCCCUCUCGUCUAUACCGAGACAUAUGAAGAGUACGUCCUCACGAUUUAGUUUCGACAUGAUUGGAGCCGCCAAGCAGGAAAAACUCCUGGAAGAACGGCACCGACAGCGGGAGUUGGAUAAGAAAGCUGCACAAGGCGAGGAGCCAAGAGACUCUCGCUUUGAUGACUUUGAUGAAGAUGCCUUUGAUUACGACGCCAUGAUGGACGAUGACGGAUUGGAAGAGAAAAUUCCUGGAAUUAAUGCGGAUUACGAGGAUGAAGAAGAGCCUUAUCUUGAUGAUCAGUACUAUGAAGAAGAGGCUCAGUAUAUUGAGGAUGAAGUCGAUCCAGAUGAUGAUCAAGAAAACUUUGCCGGUUUCAGUUUUCAGCGAUCCAAUCCAACAUCGUCUCUGGCGACUCCACAGAGCGGAGGCAUGAUGCCAACCCCUAGAGAUGCCGAUGGCGAGGUUAUUGGUUGUGCCAUGACAAAGGACACGCCAGGGCUCUCGAACCUCCCUCUAUCGCCCGAGCCGGGUUCAGUUCCAGACCAGGAGGCCGAUGCUGAGGUGUCCGGUCUGGGGAUCCAUGGAGUUGAUACUGUUUCAGCCCCUUUCCAAGCAUUGGGUUUGGAAGCAGGCUCUGUCCCUACCCCUAUUGGUAUGCCUCCGCCACCGGGCGCGCGGCGCAGGAUCAGUGAGGACGAGCUAUAUUUUGAUGCAGGCAUGACUGGCUUCGGAGGUGUGUUUGCCGAAGAUUUAGCCGGAUCACCUGUAGAUGAUGGGGUGCCUUUUGAUGAGUCAAUAUUUGACAAUGAUGAUACUGAUCAAUACGGCCGACCUCUACCUGGAGCUUUCGCACAAGCAAAGUCAGCGCGGGAGAAGAACAACCAAGAGUCCCCGAAGGAGGAGACGGAGACGCCAGAGGGUGAGGUGGCAUCCCAGCAGACUUCAGAGCAGCUGGAGGAUGCUCAGUCAGCGAUACACGCCUCUACGAGCAUCAGCACGGAGCACUCGGUUGAGAAUGCUGCUGCUGAAAUCCCGAGCGACUUACCUCCGAGCGACUUACCCCCGUUAUCUGAGACUACCAUUGUUGCUCCUCAGCCGUACAGCCCAAAUCCUAUUGCUGCCUAUCAGGCGGCUUUGGCUGCAGCCGCCCAGAGAGCAGCAGAGGCUGGCCAGUUCGAACGCGCAGCAGCGCGGUCUCCUACCGAUGCAGAUAAUAAUGGCCAAGUGCCCACAAGUUUUGAUGAUUCAGAUGCGCUCCGUGACUACGAGUACGACGACUAUGGCUAUUCUUACGAUGAUAUGGAUGAUUUUGAAAUGGACGACGAUGCCAUCAUUGCCGAAGCCAAUGCUAGUGCUCUGGCUAACGAUUCUGAUGGGUGGUAUGGACAAGAGUUUGGCUUUUAUGCUGCUCCAGUCAACAACCACGGCUCAGGUUCCAACGUGGAGGGCAGCGGAUAUGUCGCUGGUGGAUUUUUCGGCCCCAAAGGCGCAAGCAAUCUAAAUCGCAGCGUAAGCGGGCGUGUAGUUUCGAGGGAGCCGAAUCUAACUCCUAUCACUGAGCGCUCCGAGUAUUCCAAUAGAAACUCCCUCAUGAGCCUCGGAAUGCCGCCUAUUAGUGGCACUCCAAUCGUCCAGAGCCCCGGACUGGCCCAGCUAGCCAUGAUGGCGGACCGAGGCGACGACCAGAUGAAUCUCACGGCACUCCUCCGACUGCGGUCAAAGGCAUGGGGCGGCUCGCAAGCCAGCCUGGCUUCCAGUAAAGAUGGUUCCCCAAGGUCAGAAAGGGGAGAGGGUCCAGGUUCGCCGAGAGGACCCAGCUUUCCGACCGGGUUCCCCCCUUCCACAGCUCAUACACGAAAGAACUCUGUCUUCUCCAUCGUGAGUCGCGAUUCGGAUGGCAGUGUUCCUGCCAGUCCUACGCUUACAAUGCCCACGUCGGCCCUUGCCAAUAGAUCGUCAAUUGGGCCCGAAUUCAUGAACCGAGAGGCAGACAUGGCUUCAGCUUGGGGAGCGAUCUCAACAUCGCCGAUCCAAAUGGGAUCGAACAUCUUUCAAGAUGGCAUUUCUCCGCUCAGCGAUCCUCCUCAUCCUUCUGCCUUCACAGCAUCCAAUGCACACCCUCAUGCUAUGUGUAGCAGUCAAGACGCGUCAAGUCCGGAGAGAGGACAUCAGCGGCAGAAGGGAUCAACAGAUAGUAUAUCUUAUAUGAUGGAAGAAGAAAGCGGGGAAAAGCGGUGGGUUAUGGAACGCCGGCGAACAGGGGAGUUUGGGCAAGUAGAGAUUUUGGAACGAGAGGUCGUCGAGGGAGGACGUAUAUAA